AUGAGCGCAGAUACCGAUAAAAUUGUUGAAGUUCUUCUUAUUAUUAUUCUACCGCCUCUUGCGAUAUGGCACCACGAGCGCAAAUGCGCCUUUCAUCUCUUCCUGAAUAUACUCCUAACAGUAUUUCGCAUCUUGCCAAUUGUUAUUUAUACUACUUCGGCUUCGUCGCAUGAUCACGGCAUAUUUGUAUUAACUAGUAUUGCGACCACAUUCUUGGCGCUGUUAGCCACUUUAUCGAAUAUUGUUCACUCAUAUUUCUGUGGAUGUUGA